CAGAUGUGUCGCAGAUUUUAAAAGUCACUGUACUCGCAGAAAGAUCUAGUACGAGGAAACGCUGAAAAAAAAGAUUUAGAAACAACAUAGACAAGACUGCGAAGAGGACAGUGAGAGUGGGAGCAGGAAAUCGUUGUUUUAACAGAUUUAUAGUUACUUUAACGACCAACAGGAGUCACGAAUACAUCAAGGAAGCUUCGUUAUUUCGGAGGAGCGUAUUAAAAGCGCAAAUAAUCCCAUGGAACUGUCAGCUAUCGGUGAACAAGUGUUUGCUGUGGAAUCAAUUAUAAAGAAAAGAGUACGGAAGGGGAAUGUGGAAUAUUUACUGAAGUGGAAGGGGUGGCCCCCAAAGUAUAGCACGUGGGAACCUGCGGAGCAUAUCCUAGAUCCUCGGCUUGUUCUGGCUUAUGAAGAGAAAGAGCACAGGGACAGAGCAGUGGGCUGGCGUAAAAGAGGGCCUAAACCAAAAAGACUUCUUGUGCAGAACAUUUACACCAUGGAUCUCCGGAGUGCACAUAAAGCUGUAGAGAAGUCCCCAGCACACUUGCAUCUGUCCCUCACUGGCUCACUUGACCCGCAGACUGGCCAUGUGGACCAGAAGUUCCAGUCCAAAAGAGACAGGGUGUAUCAGCAACUGAUUCAGCACAAGAGAAAGAAGAGAAACUCCAUAGACCCAUCAGUGGAGGACUGGGAGGGGAGAGAGGACGAGAAUGAGGAUGAGGAAGAGGACGGUAUGAGACAAGAAGAGGCAGAGACUGACAGGGCAACUACAACCAGUAACAUAAGGACUGAGGGUUGGAAUCCAAUAACAGGGACAGAAGAAGUGACGGAGUGUCCCUUGUCUGAUGAGUGGAGGCCACUCAUGGUUCCAGAGGAGGUAACUGUGACCGACGUCACCCUCAAUUCACUGACAGUUACGUUUAGAGAGGCUUUGGUUGCGAAGGGCUUCUUCAGAAGCUGGGAACUGGAAUUCUAAUAUUCAGACAUGAGGAAGUCUGAAGAUGUUGAGAGAAAAAUAAACGCGUGAAGGGUAUGGGACACAUUCAUCAAAUGCACUAUGUUCACACAGCCUUUUUGCGUUAAUUCAUUCUGCAGCAUGUCUUUUGUUAACAUUACCAAGUAAAUUUAUGAUAAUCAGCAUGGAUAGAACUUCUUUUUAAUUCUGAACUUACAUUUACAUUUAUGGCAUUUAGCUGAUUUACUUGCACUGUUAACAUUAAUUAGGAAGGACCUCUGUUUAACAAGAUAAACUUUUAUCUUUCAAGCCUGAGAUUUGAAGCUUUUAACCACGAUUAAACCUUUAUAUGUUCUUUCCAGUUAACUGAUAAAGGUGGGUACACAAAGUAAUUUGAAACUAUGUUUGCAAGACAGUAUGAUUCAGCUUGUCCAUAGUGAUCAGUGUAUGUUUGGCUGUUAUUAAGCAUUGUUGAUGCUUCGUAAAAUUUUACUGAAUUUGCAGUGCGCUUUGAGGAACCAAGUGAAGUAAAAAAAAAAUUAAAAAAAAUCACAAGCCACUAAAAUUAAGAAAAACUAUCAUUUAAAAAUAUGAAAAAAUGUGUAAUACCAACUGACUGUCAACUAGUAAACCAUCCAUUGACAACACUGCCAUUUAUGGAAGAAAUUCUCCAAACCAAACAUUUUAUUUGUGAUGGAGUUAUGUCAGUUUAUUGUACUCCAAAUUAUUUUUCACUCCAAUUGCGCUACAAAAUAAUGUUAGACCAUCCUUUCCUUUUGUAGGUGGCGUGCCUUAAAACAUUUGAAUAAUAAGACCUAAAAUGCUUAAAAAUAAAGUUUGGUUCGAUAAUUGAGUGCCAGUCGGAUAGGUAGAUUACGAGCUAACUUGCACUCAAUUUUCAACCUCUCUAGUACAGAACAAAUACUGGCAUAAGUGUGGACAAUCUAGCCGUAGCAUCCGUUCAUAUAGUGCAAGCUUACUGUAACUUCUGUUGGGAAUUUCCCUGUAUUUGAACUGGUACACUUAUUUGGGAAUCACAAAUUGGUCAAUGAACUUUGCCUUUUGCAUAGACUGCAAAAUUAUGGGGGGAAAAAAACCUAAUUCUUCCAUUUUUUAAAAUGUGUUGAUCUAGAUUAUAUACAUAAUAGAAUAAUGUAGCGUUUCUGUAGCAUCUGUAUUUGAAUUAAUUCCUCUUCAUUCAGCCAUGGCAUCUGUGUUGCACUGUGUACUUAUGACAAAUCUCUGAUAGACCCUUGCUGUUUAAUAUGUAUACUCAUGCCAAAACAUAACUGUAAAAAAACUACCCCCAACUUGGGCCUGAUUUGUUUGCCUGUGGAAAACUGAAGACAGUUUUGUCUGUAUUUUUGUAUGUUGACUUGAAUGUAUAUUUGAACAUAAUCUCUAGUAACGGAAGUGACUAUUUUGUACUUUUCUUAUAAUUAGUGGUAGCUGAGUAAGUUACACAUGUACACAUUUCAUAUUACCAAGAUAUCUGUGGUUGUUUUUGCUUCUAUGAAAAAUUGCACUUUAAAACAGAUAAUCUGGUAGUGAUGCUUAAAAAUACAUUGUUGUAUUUGUAUUAUCUAUUAGACAAGUGUUUUAUAAUGUAAUAAAGCUAAAUGUAAGGAAUC